AUGCCUGUUUAUUUUCUGAGAAGAGACUGAAAGGAGGUGGAUCAAGAUGGAAGUGGAGGACCCUGGGAAGCCACUUGAGCAUUUUAAAAAGGUGUGUGUGCUCGAGAGACAAAUAUUUGAUUUCCUUGGAUAUCAGUGGGCACCUAUCCUGGCAAAUUUUGUACAUAUUAUCAUCGUCAUCCUUGGUUUGUUUGGAACUAUUCAAUAUAGACCUCGUUACAUAACAGGAUAUGCUGUCUGGCUAGUCCUCUGGGUGACGUGGAACGUGUUUGUUAUCUGCUUCUAUCUGGAGGCAGGGGAUCUCUCAAAGGAAACAGACCUUAUCCUGACAUUUAAUAUUUCAAUGCACCGAUCUUGGUGGAUGGAGAAUGGACCAGGAUGUAUGGUGACAUCUGUGACGCCAGCCCCAGACUGGGCCCCAGAAGACCAUCGAUACAUCACUGUCUCAGGGUGUUUUCUGGAGUACCAAUACAUUGAAGUGGCUCAUAGUUCCCUCCAGAUCAUCCUCGCACUGGCGGGCUUCAUCUACGCCUGUUACGUUGUGAAAUGUAUAACUGAAGAAGAGGACAGCUUUGACUUCAUAGGUGGCUUUGACUCUUAUGGAUAUCAAGGACCUCAGAAGACAUCUCAUUUACAACUACAACCAAUGUACAUGUCAAAAUAACACAGAUGACUUCUGUCUGCAGCCCAUGGACUUCUCAAAUGACUUGUACAGUGGCCUCCUGCCUUUUAUGAAGAGCAAGAAGCAAACGAAUUUAAAUACACAUACAUGUUACCAGACCAAACAGGAAGUCUCUACAUAGACAUGUGUGAAAACACACACAUGCACGCAUACAUGCGCGCAUGUGCACACAAC